AUGACCAUUAUAGUCUUUCUCAUUGAUACAUCAGCCUCGAUGAACCAGAGGGUCUACAUGGGUGGUAGACCCACUCUCCUCGAUGUGGCCAAGAGUGCUGUUGAAUACUUUGUCAAGGUACGACAAAGGUCACCAGAAAGUCGAGGAGACAGAUACAUGCUGUUGACUUUUGAAGAGUCACCAAACAAUAUCAAGGCUGGCUGGAAAGAAAAUCUAGCAACGUUUAUGAACGAACUCAAAAACUUACAAUGCGUGGGCCUAACGACACUCGGUGGCGCGCUAAAGAACGCCUUCGAUAUUUUAAACAUCAAUCGUAUGCAAACAGGUAUCGACACGUACGGUAUGGGCAGGUGUCCUUUCUAUCUCGAGCCCUCGGUCAUCGUAGUCAUUACUGACGGUGGAAAGUACACCACGAGUAGUGGUGUUCAUCAAGAUUUUACGCUUCCUAUGCACGCGCCAAUUCCGGGCUCCGAGCUAACAAAGGAACCAUUCCGCUGGGACCAGCGUCUGUUUUCUCUCGUGCUGCGAAUGGCUGGCACACCAACACCCGAACGUGAUAUAGGACUAGUAGCCAGUGAUUCCUCGCCCAUCGACGCGAUGUGCGAAGUUACGGGAGGACGAUCCUACUGCGUUACCACGCAUCGAAUAAUGCAGCAGUGCAUUGAUUCUCUUGUCGCCAAAGUGCAGUCCGGCGUUGUUAUUAAUUUCGAAAAGAUUGGGCCUGAUCCUUCACCGCUGACGGGUGAAGCUAACGCGAAAUCAUAUACCGAUAUCGAUGAAGAUCACGACGACGAGAUGAACGGUCAGAACUCUAAUGGACCGGUGCUGAUACUUAAUAACUUGAAUAAUAAUAACACGGCGUGGCAUGCGUGUCGGCGACUAAUUUAUGUGCCUCGUUCGGCUCAAAAAGGCUUUGCCGUGGGAUUCUGGCCGAUACCCGAAAACUUUUGGCCUGAUGUCUCAGCAAGCUCGUUACCAGCGCGCACAGCGCAUCCUAACGUAAAAUUUACGUGCACAAGCCAAGAACCUUUGGUCAUCGAGAAUCUACCUUUUGACAAAUACGAACUCGAACCUAGCCCGUUAACUCAGUAUAUUCUGGCAAGGAAGCAGCCAACGAUAUGCUGGCAGGUUUUCAUUGCCAACUCGUACAAGAGCAGCGAGGUUGCCCAUCCGUUUGGCUACCUCAAAGCCAGUACGAAUCUGACGUGUGUUAAUCUUUUUGUCAUGCCGUACAAUUAUCCGGUCUUGCUACCGUUACUAGACGAUUUGUUCAAAGUGCACAGGUUAAAGCCUAGCAAUGAGUGGAGGACGCAAUUUCAGAACUAUAUGAGGACCAUGCCUGCAUACUAUGCAGCUUCGUUAAGAAGAGCUUUAACGAGAAUGGGAGCACCUGCUGCUUUGGCACAGACUUUGAUCCCAGAUAACAUGGACAGCGCGGUGUCUUAUAGUGUAAUGAACUAUCUGAAGCGAGUGAAAAACAUAGCCAAAUCGGAAUACGAUAGGAUAUGUAAUGAGGUUAUAUCGAGGCAAGUGGCAAAUAAGAGUCUCAUUAACAAUAGCGCCAAUACAGUGGUCGAAGGUCUGCGCGUUACACCCCGUGGUCCACUCAAAAAGGACUCGUUGGCCAACUCUCAUACGGACAUAAGGGAGGAUCUCAAUAAGUUUAGCAAUUUCGUGGUAGGUUUGGUGAAGAACCAACAACAGCAACGGGGAGCUCAAAGUUACCGUAACGCUUUUGACAUACCGCGGAAAUCGCUGCUUGAUCAAGUAGUCCGAAUGCGGGCUAACUUUUUGCAGCCAGGACUGUUGUACACAAAACUCGUCGACGAUGACUGUAUGCAUUCUUUGCCCGUAUCGCAAAUGGGUAACUACCAAGAGUACCUUAAACGGGCGCCACCAGCGCUUCGAGAAAUUGAAAGCACGCCGGUCAGGCAACACAUGUUUGGUAAUCCAUUUAAGAUAGACAAGCGAUACAUGGUAGACGAGGCGGAUAUCGACAUUGGCUCUGCCUCGUCGACCAAGGGCAGCAAACGUUCCAUCACUAUGGAGUCCAGUAGCCUUGGUUCAGGUAAUAACUUACGAAUGCCAAACAAACGGAAACCCGGACCUAUUCCAAAAGACGUGGUCGUGCGCCGGCCCACCACACCCACGUAUUCAACGACCUCGCCGGUCUACACGCCACCACACUCGCCCGUGCCCUGGUCGUACUCGGACUUCAAAUACCCCGCGUCACCACCGACAACACCACCUCCAACAUCCCUGACGACCCCGACCACGAUCGUUCCAACAGGUGCAGUCGUCAGGAACCUCAACAGCAACAGUAACAACAAUGACUCGAGUGUGUCUGCGGUGACGUUGCUCGGUACCGCUAACGCGAUUAACCCAACGUACUCCAACAGUAGUAGUGCUAUUAUGAGUUUGAUGAUGCCGAAUAAGAGUAGCAACGGCGCGAUGAUCACGGAACAGAAACUUGUGAACGGUGAUUUGUCGUAUGCCGCGUCGCUGGGUGCGUUCGAGCCCAGCAGUAAUACGGACGAGUUGGUGGUUAAUAGUAGUGCCAGUGCCGAUGGUGCGUUUAGUGCCGCAUACGCGAAUCACAGUAGUAACAGUGCCGAAGUUACAGCUUUGACGAACAACUUGGACGGAAUCGUUAAGAGUAUUUCUAGUGGUGUUAGUUUAGCUAACAGUGUCUGCAAGACUGAAUUGCAGGCUAUUAAAAACGAGCUAAGGUUGUCGUCAAUGAAUGUUGAUGGACAACAGCUGGAGAACAACAGUAGUUCUGUGGGCAAGUUCAAAUGUGCCGAGCUAGAUGCUGCGGGUAGUACAAGUUACAGUAGUAAUAGUAGUAGUAGCAGUGCGGCGACAACAAGUGCUAGUGGUGCAGGUAGUUGUAGUGCUAGUGUGUCGUCGUCGCAGCUGCUUACGAAUCACGUGGACGAGCGGACUAUUAAAUCUGAGGUUAAAGUUGAGAGACAGUUGACAAGUAAGGAGCUCGAGGAUAUUAGGAAGCACAAUGUGAAUAUCAGAACUGAGAUUUACAAACUUAUUAGGAGAAAAGGCAACAAUUUCUCGUCGUUGUUCUCUCAUCUGCAAAUGAUCCAAGGCAGCCUGGACACCAGAUUGGCCUUCGUGCGUGACAUAGUACAUGUAGCGAUGCGUUUUAAACGGCGCUUAUUAGCCGACAUGGUCGAGGAUUACCUGAAGAAACUCCAAGAAGAGGGCAAAGGCAUUGUACUCGGGCCCAGCAAGACCCUCGCGAACGGCGGCGCUAGGAUCACUUAGACAUGUCUACGAUGGGUCACUUUGUUAAUGCCGAAGUCGACUCUGUUUUACACAGCCAAAUUGAUUAUUACAUUAUGAUAGCCCCUUUGGGGUAGCCUCCUGUGGUACCUUCUUUUUUCGUUAAAUUUUUUUUUUUUUUUUCCUAUUAAUAGUGAUGUACAAAAACAGGGGUGAAACGGAUGAAACACCGCACGUAUACACGGGCGAUAUUUAAAAAUAAGAAGAGCUUAUGAUGAUGCUGAGUUUAUUUGAUGCUGCAGAUUAUCCCUCUGAGGAUAAGAGGCUGUCUCUUGUACACGUUUCCCUUCGGACCACGAGAGAUGAGCUCUUGGUCUUAUCGUACCCAAGUGAUUACCUUGUUGUCAUCUAUUCUUUUCCUUUUCUUUUUAUCAUCAUAGAAAUUUGAUCGUCUUAAGUAGUGAAGAAAUGAAUAUCGCGCGUAUUGACGAACGAAAAACAUUUCUUCUAUUUUUUGUCUUCCAUUGGUCAUCAAAGGAAGUAGCAAUGAAUUGAAUGGAUUUGUAUAAGUUUCCUCCCUUAGUGUGUUGAUAUAAGACUCUUGACAAUUUUGUAAUACAAAUCGAAAGACGGAAAAAAAUUUCGUCGGUGUAAUUAUCAUUAAAUUAUAUUAUAAUCCGCGGCAACGAUAGUUGUUGUAACCGACGGAUCGUUAACAUCUGUACAUUUUGUUAAGCCUAUAUACAUAUAUUAUAUUUGUUGAUAUGGUAAAGGUUGAGUAAUAAGCGAUUACAAGUUGACUUGGUUGAGAAUUCUUGAGUCAUUACUUGUUUUUAAUCAAUCGGGGCGGAAUUAUACACGUUUAUUUUAUUUUAUUUUUUUUUUUUUUUUAAUCAUAGUAAUAUAAACGUAGAUAAUAACUACGUGUCUGAAAUUUGUAUAAAUAAUGACAUAAGUUCAUAAAUAAACAAAAAAAAAACCAUAGCCAAGCAGAAGAUCCGUGCAACUGUAAAUGAACCUAAUAGCAAAGAUUAUUGCGUAUUUUACAAUGUAUUUUACUAAAUUAAAGUAUUUGAAAAAAAUUAUAACGAAUCGUUGCCUAUUUUGAUUCUUCUUUUUCAAACGAAAGUUCUCGUUGUAAAAAAUAAACGAUAACUUCCACUCUUGAAAUUUGUAUAUACGUAGCACACGAAAUAUAAAGACAUGAAAAACAAGUGUAGGAUCCCUUACCAAAGUUUUUACUGCAGUGCCUGAUGUGUUUUCUAUAAUCGAGAAUAACAAGGGCAUUUACAAUGAUGUCGG